AUGCAGUUCUUGAUAAAACCCCUAAAACCUUGGCUGAGAAAUUCCGAAUUGUGGGGAGGGUUUGGAGCUGUGGCCGCUAUUUAUAGACAAGAAAGGCAAAUUGGUGAGCUAGCUACGAAGAAUGUGCUUAUUUUCUUGGCUGACUUCACUAUUGUCCACAGGAAGAAGAUUGGCAGUAGUACUCAUGCCCAAUUGAAAAGCCAUAACCGGAUUAAUCGACAUCUCCAUUUGAGGAAAAUAAGGUUGAGUGGUGAUCAUUCCAGUUCCAGACCGAACCUCGUCUCCUGCUUUGUUGCAUUAGUCUCGACCCAAACACUGUGCUCGUGCUCGUGCUUUGUAACAAAACCGCCUUGUGGGAAUUGUAGAGGCGGCAGCUCGUCGAUUUCGUGUUUUGCUGCGUUUAGGAGCCAAUCUACAGCCUUGCUCGCCUGGCUCAGCCCCAGCCGAUCCUGGAGGUCGUACAGCUGGAUGGCGGUUGGUACCGAUAGCCUCACCCGCCUGUCGCGCAAGCCGCGCACGGUGCACACUUUGCUGUGA